AUGCCAGAACGAGUCCUCACAAUGGAACGAGUUUUCACGAAAGAAGACAGCGCCAUCUCGCCCGCCACCGGCAAGGCAAUCAGCCAACACGAAGCAGCGGGACUGAAAAGCCUGACUAGAGAACAACACCUUCGGUUUUGGGAAGAAGUCAUAUACUGGAACAAAGAGCGCUUCAUCGAGGCGAAAUGGCGACAGGCAAAGAAGGAUAUCUUGCGGGCUAAGAAGGAACAUUGUAUGAGGGUGCUCGGCUCGUCUUCAUGGACUGCGCCUACGGGUGCUCAUCCACUUCGGCCAGCACACCUUCCGCGCUUCGAGACCGCGUCGCCGACUACGCCGCGACCGCGAUGGGAGAUCUUGUCUUCGGGUCCUGGGACGCCGAGGUCGGCUACUGCUGGGCCUGUCAAGAACUCUUUCGCGGAGGGCGGGUUUUGGGAGUCACUGAUUUCACCGAAGACGCCUGUUACGGCUAUACCGAUUCCAACGACACCAGUCACGGCUGUUCCACCUUCGCCAUGGCUUCCUAAUAUUCCUUCCAUAGACGCCGAAGCCAAAGCUACGUAUGAGGAAAUGAAGACAUCCGUCAGCAAAAUGGCCCUCAAGGUCUGCGCAAGCCGCCACACUCUCCGCCGCUCUUUCAACAGCGACAACGACGUCAUACACCCUUCCAUGGUGCGUCCAAAAGACACCUUCCUCGCCGCUCAAGUCACCCUCGGCUCACUUAAACUCCAUCAACCUCUUUCGACAUACAUCGACGCCUCCCUACCCCAGAAACUAGACUCGCACGCCGAUGACGAAGCAGCCGGCGCGAAACAAUAUCGCAUUUACCGGCGAGACCAACUGGAUGAUGUGGAUAGCUGGCUGCAGUUUGAUGCGCAGACAGGGGAGUUGACUACGAUUUUGGAAGCUCAGCGCGAUCUACUCAAGAUGAACAAGGAUCGGCGGAAGAGUAGGGAGGUGGCGGUGGGUGAGAAGGGGGUGAAGCUCGCAUGGGCUGUCAAGGUCUUGGAUGAUUGCCAGUACUUCGCCGACAUUGCCGCAGACGGGGAAAGCGAAGGCAGCGACGAGGGGUAUGAGUACGGUAACUUCGUUCGAAGCCUGGGAGACGGCGAUGCCAGUUCCCUGCGGUCGAACAGCUCUACGCUCGACCUCACCUUGACACUAACCAACAGCUCGAACGCCCGCAGCAGCGCCACAGAAGAAAGGAUCAGCCUAGCCCAACGCUCAUCCAGCAGUCCCAUCAAACCAACCCACGACCCCAUCUCCGACACCUUACCACUCCGCUCACGCAACUACACCCUCUCCAACCCCGCCAACGCCACCAACCCAAACAUCUACACACCACCCCCGUCCCACGCCCACAGCAUCCGUCGCAGCAACGCUACCGCCACUCCUUCCUCUUCCGCAUCCCGCCGUAACCGACAAGGUAGUCUCUGGAUCAACACUAGUCUAGCGAAUCCUUCGAUCAGCGCGGCUAGUACGAUGAGCCCGCAGGAACGUGGGACUAGGCACAAAGGACCCAGUAUUGAGGAUUUGAGCGGGUGGGCUGAGGAGCUGAAGAAGAUGGAGAGGAAGAGGGGGGAGAUGAGGGGGGAGGGCAGGCCGGUGGGGGCGGGGAAGUUGAGGCAGUUGAGGUGGUUUAGUAAUACUGAGGGGGGUGGGAGUGAGGAUGAGGGUGGGGUGGGGAAAGAGAUGGUGGAUAAGAAGGAGAAGGAGCAGGAGGAGGAGGUGGAGGAAAAGAAAGAUGAAAAGGGCGAUGGUUUGACGAUUAACGGGUCCGUUCACCCUGCUCUAAGGGAAGGUGGCCACGACAACGAUUCUGGCAUUGCGAAUUGGCGUAACAAUGUCGACUUGUCACAAGGAAAAGAGAGGAACAGAGGGGCAAGCGGCGGCAGCACCAGCACAGCUAGUUGGCGCUGCGAAACUGCCUCUAUCGUUGAGCGGGAAAGUCGGCCUUCUAGCAUGGCCAUGGAUGAUGCGGUCUACCAUACCGAAGACGACGACCAGACAUCCCAACACAAUAACGAAAACGAUAACGACCACAACCACAACCCCAACAACCCCUUCGACGAAGCCACCAACCCCUCAUAUCUCAACGCCUCCGACUCCGACACCAACGACUCUCCUACAAGGACACCAAGACCGACUACGCCGAUACACCCCCAGCGUACGUCCUCCUUAUCACCGACACACGCACCGAUCAAGAUGUCUGCACUAUCGACGCUACGGCUUGAGCCACCGCGCCGCCCACCACCACCAAACCGACCAAACCGACCACCUCCUCCACCAAUGCCGUACUGUAAUAUGAGGCCGCCGGCGCCGCGGCCGACGGCUGGUGAGGGGAUGGGGAUGAGAGGGAUGGAGGGGGGGAGGUAUAACAGACAGGGUACUACGUCUUAUGAACGGCAGUUGGGUCAGAUUUCUGCUGUACCCACGUCUUUAUCGUUUAUCGAGGUGGUUAAACGGCAGGGACAGGGGCGAGAACGGGAUGUUGUGUUAUCGUCCUCCUCCAUCGGGGGGAAUGAGAAUGAGACUGAAAAGCAGAGGAGUCCGACUGUGAGCGUGAGUAAAGCAACUUUACUCCAAGAAGCCAUUCAGUCCCGUGGCGGUAAAACUGGAGCUGGAAGCCAACACACUCGCAUGUGGAGUAAAAGUAGUGGACAGAGUGUGAAGAGUAAAGAAGAAGAGGAGUGGGAUGAAGAAUUGAAAAGGAUGGAGGGGAGGGAGAGAGCGAGGCAGAUCGGUGGUUCGUAG